CUAGAAAAAUAUUUAUUACUCGCUGAGAAGCCGAACAUGUACGACGCAAUCGUUAAUAGCUCGCCCGCGAGGAAAUAUCAUAGAAAAGUGCUCUAACAAAUGCUUGAUACGGACAAUCCGAGAGUUUGAUAGUAUGCUUUCGUUAAGACACUAAUUUAUCAUCAUCAGCUACCAGUGUUGUGGGGUGUUUGUUUAUAACUUGUGAUAAAACAAAUCAACAAGAUGAGCGGUCCCAUAAUCAUCACGGUGCCCAACAACUACCUGGCCAUGGAGGCGGUCGAGGAGUUGGAGUCGAAGGUGCUGGUGGAUCUACCAUCUCCGGCUCCCUCCAGGAAGCGUCGACUGGACCACCUCACAUGGGAGGAGAAGAUGCAAAGAAAGAAGUUGAAGAACCGUGUAGCGGCACAAACUUCACGCGACAGGAAGAAGGCAAAAAUGGAUGAGAUGGAGAGUCGGAUAAAGUACUUCAUGGACAUGAACGAGCGGUUGACCAGUGAAGUCGAGAGCUUGAAGGCGCUGAACGAGCGUCUGUUGAGCGAGAACGCAACGCUACGCAGCGAAGCGGCGGCGGCGCGGAGCGUCGCGGGUGCCCCCAGACCAGCAGAGUCUAUUCCUCAGCAGAAGGAAGGGCACCCGACGGCACUCCGGGCGGCGCGCCUGCUGCUGGUGAUGUGUCUCCUCUCGCAGACCUCCUCGCACACUUCGACUCAGAUGAAUACCUUGAUACCCUCACUCAACUUGCAGACUCCCUCUUCAAAGAAAUUGAUGCAAAUGCUGCAGGAACGCCUCAAAAUAACACAGUCAGGAAAGCUGGAGAGUGCAUUGAAGGAACUAAAGUGGUGGGGUCCGCAGCAGAGCACCUGGAAUCCAGUGGAGGUGCAGUCGUAGACAUCAAGCAUGAUGUCGACAGGAUACUGU